CAGAGCGCGCUCUUGCGUCAUUAUUUUCGGUCAUUGCAACCGCGUUUUUCCAUAGAUCGGACCCAGAACGAACAGAGACACGCCAGAAACCGGGCAGUUUCAUGAGGAAUCAGCCGGUGCCUUUGGAUUCAUGACAUCCUUCUAAAGGCUUUUCAUUUUCGGGAGAUCUACAGGAGAGCUUUGAAUGUUCGGGACUGAUCGGAUGUUCAGCUGACUGUGAUUGCAGGAACAUUGUGCGAGCAUCAUCAUGGCUGCGUCUGAAUUAUAUUCAAAGUUUGCACGGGUCUGGAUCCCUGAUGUAGAAGAAGUGUGGAAGUCAGCAGAGCUCACCAAGGACUACAGACAAGGAGAUGGAUUGCUGCAGCUACAAUUGGAGGAUGGAAAGGAACUUGAGUACAAAUUGGACCCCAAGACAAAAAACCUACCAUACCUCCGUAACCCAGAUAUCCUGGUGGGAGAAAAUGACCUGACUGCUCUCAGUUAUCUUCAUGAGCCCGCCGUGUUACACAAUCUGAAAGUGCGCUUCAUUGAUUCCAAACUCAUCUACACGUACUGCGGUAUUGUUCUAGUCGCUAUAAACCCAUAUGAGACGCUGCCCAUCUAUGGAACUGACAUCAUUAACGCGUACAGCGGGCAGAAUAUGGGUGACAUGGACCCUCACAUCUUCGCAGUGGCAGAAGAGGCUUACAAACAGAUGGCCAGGGAUGAGAGGAAUCAGUCCAUCAUUGUGAGUGGAGAAUCUGGAGCAGGGAAAACUGUUUCAGCCAAAUAUGCCAUGCGUUACUUUGCAACAGUCAGCGGCUCUGCCAGCGAAGCAAAUGUGGAAGAAAAGGUUCUGGCAUCCAACCCUAUCAUGGAGUCUAUCGGUAACGCCAAGACCACCAGGAAUGACAAUAGCAGUCGAUUUGGGAAAUACAUUGAGAUAGGCUUUGAUAAGAAGUUUCACAUUAUCGGUGCGAACAUGAGGACAUAUCUCUUGGAGAAAUCACGUGUUGUAUUUCAGGCGGAUGAGGAGAGGAAUUAUCAUAUCUUCUAUCAGCUCUGUGCAUCUGCUCACCUCCCGGAGUUCAAAGCCUUGAAACUUGGAAAGGCUGGUGAUUUUCAUUACACCAAACAGGGCAGGAAUCCAGUGAUAGAUGGAAUAGAUGAUGCCAAGGAGUUGUCGACCACCAGAAAUGCCUUCUCACUGCUUGGUGUAAAUGAAUCCUAUCAGUUGGGCUUGUUUCAGAUUCUGGCUUCAAUUUUGCACCUGGGGAACGUAGAAGUGAAGGACAGAGACUCGGACAGCAGUAUUAUUCCACCGAAUAAUGGUCACCUGAGUGUGUUUUGUGAAUUGAUGGGCGUGACAUAUCAAGACAUGUCUCAUUGGCUGUGUCAUAAGAAGCUGAAGACGGCAACUGAAACGUACAUAAAGCCCAUCCCCAAACUACAGGCCAUAAACGCCCGCGAUGCUCUCGCCAAACAUAUCUACGCCAAACUCUUCAACUGGAUCGUGGACCAUGUGAACAAAGCGCUGCAUUCUUCGGUCAAACAGCACUCGUUCAUUGGAGUCCUAGACAUUUACGGGUUUGAGACUUUCGAAAUCAACAGUUUUGAACAGUUCUGUAUUAAUUAUGCCAAUGAGAAACUACAGCAACAGUUCAACAUGCAUGUGUUUAAGUUGGAGCAGGAAGAGUACAUGAAAGAGCAGAUCCCCUGGACUCUCAUUGAUUUCUAUGAUAAUCAGCCAUGUAUCAACCUCAUCGAGGCCAAGAUGGGCAUCCUCGACCUGCUAGAUGAAGAGUGCAAGAUGCCGAAGGGUUCUGAUGAUUCCUGGGCUCAGAAACUGUAUAACACUCAUUUGAAGACGUGUGCACUUUUUGAAAAGCCACGGAUGUCCAAUAAAGCCUUCAUAAUUCAGCACUUUGCAGAUAAGGUGGAGUAUCAGUGUGAUGGUUUUCUGGAGAAGAAUAAAGACACAGUAAAUGCGGAGCAGAUACAUGUCCUGAAGGCCAGUAAGUUUGACCUGCUGGUGGAGCUGUUCCAGGAUGAGGAGAAAGCUACUAGUCCGACCGGUGCUGCUCCUGCUACUGGAGGACGCACUCGCCUCAGCGUCAAACCAGACAAGAACAAAGCCGGCCAAGCCAGCAAGGAACACAAGAAGACAGUUGGACUGCAGUUCCGCAACUCUCUGCAGCUGCUGAUGGAGACACUGAAUGCAACUACACCACAUUACGUUCGCUGCAUCAAACCCAACGAUCAUAAAUAUGCCUUCACGUUUGACCCCAAGAGGGCAGUUCAGCAACUGCGUGCAUGUGGAGUUUUGGAAACGAUCCGCAUCUCUGCAGCUGGUUUCCCAUCUAGAUGGACAUAUCAGGAGUUCUUUAGCAGGUAUCGUGUCCUGAUGAAACAAAAAGAUGUUUUGACAGACAGGAAGAUGACCUGUAAGAAUGUUCUGGAGAAACUGGUGCAGGACCCAGAUAAGUACCAGUUUGGCAAGACCAAGAUCUUUUUCCGUGCAGGGCAGGUUGCGUAUCUGGAGAAACUGCGAGCAGAUAAGCUGCGGGCUGCCUGCAUCCGCAUCCAGAAGACCAUACGCUGCUGGCUGGCGCGCAAGAAGUACCUGCGCAUGAAACAUGCUGCCACAACCAUCCAGAGAUACGUCCGUGGAUACCAGGCCCGCUGUCUUGCAAAGUUCCUGCGACGCACACGUGCUGCGAUCGUCAUUCAGAAGUACCAGCGCAUGUACGUCCAGAGAACGUGUUACAAACGCAAGCAGGCUGCCGCUCUGGCCAUGCAGUGCAUCCUCAGGGCAUACAUGGCCAGACAGCUGUACAAAGCGCUUCUGCGUGAGCACAAGACCAUCAUCAUUCAGAAGAUGGUCCGUGGCUGGUUGGCCCGGCAGUGGUACAAGCGGUCGCUCAAAGCCAUCGUUUACCUUCAGUGCUGCAUCCGCCGCAUGCGAGCCAAGCGGGAACUCAAGAAACUCAAGAUCGAGGCACGUUCGGUGGAACACUUCAAGAAACUCAACAUCGGCAUGGAGAACAAGAUCAUGCAACUGCAGCGCAGGAUAGACGAACAGAACAAGGAGAACCGUGCUGUCAGCGAGCGUUUGCACAGUCUAGAGAUCAGCCAUGCUGCGGAGUUCGAGCGUCUGCGUGUGGAGUUGACGCGUCUGCGAGGGGCAGAAGAGGAUGCCAAAAACAACGCCAACAAAGUUACAUCUCUUCUAGAGGAGCUGGAGCGACUUCGCAAAGAUCUGCAGAACACACAGAAGGAGAAGAAAGCCAUCGAGGACUGGGCACAAACCUACCAGGAGGAGACGGAAAAGAUGAUCUCAGAACUAAAGGAGCAAAACCACCUGCUGAAGAACGAGAAAAACGACCUGAACCGACUGAUCCAGGAACAGAGCCAGCAGUGGACAGAGAAAAUGCAGAGGGCUCUGAAGGAGGAAACCCAGCAGUUAAAAUACGAUUUAAACGAGGAACGGUCUCGCUACCAGAAUCUUCUCACCGAACACCUCCGACUAGAGGAGAAAUACGACGAUUUGAAAGAGGAGAUCACUCUCGCUGUAAAUGUUCCAAAACCUGGUCACAGGCGCACAGACUCCACACACAGCAGCAACGAAUCAGAAUGGACCUACAAUUCAGAGUUUGCCGAGUCAGAGGAAGGGUCCCGGGGAGGGGAGGACGUUUCCAAGUCGAUUCUGGACAUGUCCCUGUUUCUAAAGCUGCAGAAGAGAGUAUCAGAACUAGAGCAAGAAAAACAAUCACUGCAGCACGAACUCGAUCGGAGAGAAGAGCAGUUUCAGCGGGCUAGAGCUAGGGACGAUGAAGAGCAUAAGAAAGCACGUAGUGCUGAGCUGGAAUAUGAAUCUCUGAAGCGUCAGGAGUUGGAGUCCGAGAAUAAGAAGCUCAAGCAUGAUUUGAAUGCGAUGCGUCAGUCUCUGAGAGGCAGCGCUGAGGCCGGUUCUGCCGCUCCGGGUUCUCCCGCGUACACCGUCCUGCUGGAUCAGCUGAACGCCUCCAACGAGGAGCUGGAGGUGCGGAAGGAGGAGGUGCUCAUCCUGCGCUCUCAACUCGUCAGUCAGAGAGAGGCCAUGCAGCAUAAGGAUGAGAAGGAGACCAUGACUGAACCUUUGCCGUACAUUGAGGACGUGCAGAAGCUCACUGACGCCAAGGAAAUCUCCCAGGCCUACAUGGGCCUUAAAGAGACCAACAGAUCCCAAUUCCCUGACUACCAUAAGCUGAAUGAGGAUGGAGAACUGUGGCUGGUUUAUGAAGGGUUAAAGGAAACUAACAGGUUGUUGGAGUUUCAGUUGCAGGCUCAGCGUCGGUCUCAUGAGAACGAGGUGGAGGUUUUGCGUGGAGAAUUGCACAGUGUCAAAGAGGACAAUAACCGUCAGCAGCAGCUGUUAGCUCAGAACCUGCAGCUUCCUCCAGAGGCCCGAAUCGAAGCCAGUCUACAGCACGAGAUCACGCGCCUCACCAACGAGAACUUGGAUCUUAUGGAGCAACUGGAGAAACAAGACAAGACCGUCCGCAAACUGAAGAAACAGCUCAAAGUCUUCGCAAAGAAGAUCAAUGACCUGGAAGGUGGCCAGAUGGACGUGUCUCCAGGACAGACGGCCGACGAGUCUGUUCAUCCAGUGAACAUUCCACGCAGGGAGAAAGAUUUCCAGGGAAUGCUGGAAUACAAGAAGGAGGAUGAACUCAAACUGGUCAAAAACCUCAUACUUGAGCUAAAGCCUCGCGGCGUGGCAGUGAAUUUAAUACCAGGUCUGCCGGCAUACAUCCUCUUCAUGUGUCUGCGUCAUGCCGACUACAUUAAUGAUGACCAGAAAGUCCGAUCUCUACUCACCUCCGUCAUCAACAGCAUCAAGAAGAUCCUCAAGAAAAGAGGUGAUGACUUUGAGACUGUUUCCUUCUGGUUGUCCAACACAUGUCGUUUCCUGCACUGCCUGAAACAGUACAGUGGCGAUGAGCAAUUCAUGAAGCAUAACACUUCUAAACAGAACGAUCACUGUCUCUCCAACUUCGACCUGGCCGAGUACCGGCAGGUUCUGAGUGAUCUGGCCAUUCAGAUCUACCAGCAGCUCAUCAAGUGUAUGGAGAACAUCCUGCAGCCCAUGAUCGUCUCUGGCAUGCUGGAACAUGAAACCAUCCAGGGAGUGUCAGGGGUGAAGCCCACUGGUCUCCGUAAGAGGACGUCCAGUAUCGCUGAUGAGGGGACAUACACAUUGGACUCCAUCAUCCGGCAGCUCAACUCCUUCCACUCCAUCAUGUGUCAGCACGGAACCGACCCAGAGCUCAUCAAACAGGUGGUCAAGCAGCAGUUCUACAUCAUUGGCGCUGUCACCUUUAACAACCUGCUGCUGCGUAAAGACAUGUGCUCUUGGAGCAAGGGCAUGCAGAUCAGGUAUAACGUGAGUCAGCUGGAGGAGUGGCUGAGAGAUAAGAACCUCAUGACAUGCGGUGCGAAAGAGACGCUGGAGCCGUUGAUUCAGGCCGCACAACUACUGCAGGUCAAGAAGAAGACGGAUGAGGAUGCUGAGGCCAUCUGCUCCAUGUGUAACAGCCUCUCGACAGCACAGAUUGUGAAGGUGCUGAACUUGUAUACGCCUGUCAACGCGUUUGAAGAGCGUGUGUCAGUACUGUUCAUAAGAACAAUACAGACACGUUUACGGGAUCGAAAGGAGAUGCCUCAGCUGCUGAUGGACACCAAAGUCAUCUACCCCGUGACCUUCCCCUUUAACCCCUCCUCCCUGGCCCUGGAAACCAUUCAGAUACCCAGCAGCCUCAAUGUGGGCUUCCUCACUCGUGUGUAGACCCGUCAAUCACCUCACCUCAACCAAUCACAUGGCAGGAACAGGGAGCCUAAAUAUAUAUGUAUAAAAAAAGAAAAGAAAAAUGCUUAUAGGUAAAUAAGCCACUCACUUAAAGAGAAUGUCAUCUUCAGUGUUUCAUUUUUCACUUCUUCAUCACUUUUAUUUAUUAAAUAAAAGAGGGAAUCUCACAAAACCUGUCAAGCAAGUGUUCAGAUAACAAUUGACCUCAAAAUUAAAAGAAACACAUAUAACUAUAUUUUGUUGAAAGAAAAUGAAGCUCAUCUUUAGGAUCAUUAUUGUUUUGACAAUAUGAUAUUUUAAAGGCAAUUAUGCACUUUCUCUAAAAAUUCGUAUUUCUGAAAUACAAAAGAAAAAAAAAAUUAUCAUUGUAAUAUGAAAAAAAAAUGUUAUACAUUGUACAGUAUUUGCCAACAUAUGCUGAUUAAAAUACUAGUUGAAAUUCACUUGAGUGCAGUAAUUAAUUUAUAAUUAAUACCAUGUUUUUUUAAUAGAUAAAAAUUAAGGUUUUAUUAAUGAGAAUUAACACUGAGAAUAGUCAAUAACAUAAUACUCAAAACUCUGAAAAGACCCGUACUUCAUUUUCUUCAUUGAAAAUAUAUUCUUAUAAUAUUUUCUUUUGAUUGUGGGACCUUGAUAUUUUUUUUGUGAGAUUCACCUCUUAAACUGGAAUAUUUCUGAAAGAUGUUUCACUUAUUGAAUGUUACGAAAGGAACAAUGAAGGUUAAGUUAACUCAUUCUAACUCUAAUGCCUUUUCAGGUCACAACCAGAAUAAGUUCACGGGGCUGUACAAUCAUACACUUCUAUAAAUAUCUAUACAUAUGUAUGAUGCUAGGAUAUUUUAUUUAUUGCUUUACCUUGUCAGAUUUUAUUUUUUUUCUCUCAGAUGCUAGCAAACAUGGAUAUCCAGUUGCGGAGCAUACUCUAGUCCUCUGCACUCGUCCAUAUCAGAUUAAUAACUUAGAAUCAUUGGGGGUAAAAAAAAAAGAGCUUGGGGCUCAGCUGACUUCAUGAACAUAGGUGUUUUUUUGUUAGUAGUGUGUGGUGAUGUUGAUUAGCUAAUAAAUAGUCAAAACUUGGCAUCCCUGCACUGUCCCAGAGCUUAUCUCUUCCUCAAGAGCUUCCUCAAGUUUACAUCUCUGAUCUUCAGGAAUCAUUUCCAGAUAGAUGGUACAGUCCAGACCCAGUGCAUGAUGGGAUUGUUUUGACCCGCUCUGUCAGCAUCGAACAGGUGGGAUCUAGACUCCUGAAUGAGGUUUAAUGAAGCUCCCAGAAUUUAAUUGGUUAGUGAAUCUCAUGAAGAAAUGUCCCAGGGAAAUAUCAAAUGAAAUAAAUAAUAAAACAGUUUUUGCACUUAGAACAUUAAGCCUGUUUUACGAAGAUUAUGAGUGCACUGUUGAAUUAUUUUCAUCACAAAUAAGCAUAUUUUAAUAUUUUAAUCCCAAAUUCUCACUAUUGUAAUGCAGUGAUAUAUAUUACCAUUACUUAAAUGUGUAUGUUUACAAUUAAAAUAAUGGUAGCACUUUAUUUUACACUCCUGUUCCUCAUGUACAUACUAUGUACUUAUUAUAGUAAUUACAAUACUGUAACUAUGUAAUAACUAGUACUAACCCUGAACCUACCCCUAAACCUAACCCUACCCCAUGUAAUUACCUUGUGUUACCAGAACUUUCUUAGAUAAAUACACUGUAAGUACACUAUAAGUACAGUACACGUACUGUAAAAUAAAGUGCAACCAAAAUACGUAAUUAUUUUAUUUUGGUUUGUUUUAAACUAAUGAUAAUUGGUGGAGAAAUGGCCUUAAUUUUGCAAAUGGGCAAACAAAAACAAAAAACAUUGUAUUGUUUUUUUUGUUUUUGAUGAUGAUGAUGAUGAUGAUGAAAAGACAGAUAAGAAAAUGUUUUUUGUUGGAUUCAAAGAGGCGUCUUCUAUGCACACUGGAUAUCCCAUACAGAACUAAAAGAAAACCCCAAACUACCCACUCUCUGAAAACAUGAGAUGGUUUACAACUUUACAAGAUGUUUCAAAAGCCUGCCAUCAUUUAUUUCAGUAUUAUAUGUUUUUAAAGGUUAGAAACUGCUAUUGUUUUUAUGGCAUGUGCUGUUGGAUGCACAUGCUGUAAAAUGAUAUGGCCAAAUUUCUUUUUGUCAUGUUAUUUGCUUCUUUGCUUUCAAGUAUUAUCUUGAAUGUGUCAGGCAGCUUUUAUUGGGGAGCUGUUUGUUUUGAUCUGUAACUCCUGAAAUAAUAGCAGUCACCUUUGUGCAGCCAUGCUUUCCAUCACACACAUUUGCACACCCUAUUAUUAUAUUAUAUUAUAUUAUAUUAUAUUAUAUUAUAUUAUAUUAUAUUAUAUUAUAUUAUAUUAUAUUAUAUUAUAUUAUAUUAUAUUAUAUUAUAUUAUAUUAUUAACAUUUUAGGGUCAAAUGACGCAUGUUGAUAUUAUGUUUCUGCUGUCUAUUGCAUGGCUUUAAGCUUUAAAAUCGGCCAUUUACACACAGCUGUGGAUCUAAAUAGAGGAUCUUAAGCCAUUUCACUAUAGUGCACUGGGAUUCGAUCAUGCCUUACUGUAGCUGCAGUCCUUCUCCUAUCACACAGUGCUUCUGUUUCAUUCUAUCAGUCUCAACUGCUUUCUGCUGGAGAUCAAUGUUUGUGAUGCAUUGUCAAAAGAAAAUGUGUACGUGCAUAUAUGACAGUGCAAACCAUUUUUCUAAUCAAUUUUGUAUUUUUUUUUUUUUUUUUUUGUGCAUAUCUUGAAUUACAUUUAUUUAUUUCAUACCUCAUUGGCAAAUUGUUCCAUAUUUUAAGCAUUUACAAAAAUGAAAGAUUUAUUUUGUUUACAUAAUUUUUUUUUCAUUUUCAUUUUUUUUUUAUUAUUUUUUUUUGAGUUUAUUAAUAUUAAUUUCAGAUGAGCGAGCAUUCAACAUCUGAAUUGUCAUCAGUGUACAGAAUCAUUCAGGAGUUUAUGAUCAUGGGACCAUUGUGUGAAUGUGACCUUUGCUUUUUUAUUGUGUUGUUAGUUCAGUUCUUAUGGAAUACAAACAAAUGGAAGAUUUACAAAUGCAGUUUGAUAAAAAAAGAAAAAUGCAUAUCACUUCAAAUGGAAAAUAAUGAAGUUGUACUGGAGAAAAAAAAAAUUGAAUGUUGACGUGUUUGUACAUGGUUUUAUUUACAUUGUCAUAUUUUAGAUAAAGCCUUACCUCUGAAUGGACGACACGUCAAUGUAACACGUUUGUUUCUUUGCAGUGUUACAUAUUCUGUUAAUUUGCUUUGUUUACACUUGUGAAGCAUACAUCUAUAACAUUCCUGUAGAAACUGGUAUAAUUGUCCUCUUUAAAAAAAUGUAUUUGCACAUUCGAAAAAAUCUCAGACCUAACAGCCCUGUUUUAGACUUUCCUAAGCUCUGAGUUCUUAAGUGGUUUGUAAAAAAUGACAUCCAUAUUACAUCAGCCCCAGUCUGAUGCUCACUGUAUCAAGAUCAGCCUGCUCUCAUGCUUGUAUAAAGACAUUAAUAGAUGCUGUAGUAAUGCAGAUCAGUUGAACAUCUCAUAUGUUUGCUUCUUCCUUCAACUUGUUCAGACCGGUUGUUCAGAGAGUUUGUAGUUCCUGUAGCUGUAAUUAUUUCAUGUGUUCAUCUGUGCAAUUUCAUGGAGUGAUAAACUAAUCUCAAAUGCUGUUCAAGUCAAUUAAAUGAAUUCAGCACUA